UUACCGUCCAUAUAUCAUGGCAUCAUCCUCGUCGUCUCCGCUAAGAUUUUUCGUCAAACGUCGUGAGCCACAGCUGAUUGUGCCAUCAAAGCCAACACCUCAUGAAAUAAAACAACUCUCAGAUAUAGAUGACCAGCAAGGUCUUCGUAUCCAUUUCCCUUUUGUAAUGUUCUAUCGUAGCCAUCCUUCCAUGAAAGGAGAAGACGCCGUGAAGGUUAUCAAAGAAGCAUUAGGCAAAGCACUUGUGUUUUACUACCCCUUUGCCGGUAGGAUUAUAGAAGGGCCACCUCGAGUGACUUGUGUGCACCAUGAGUACGACCAGCUAACGCACACAGAAGCCUCCAUAGUCAUGACUUUGCAGGAGCAUGAGAAAGAUAUGGUCCAUCGCUCCUCCUUUUUUGGCCCUCGUGAAUUGAAAUCAAUAAGAACAAUUCCACCCCACCUUAAAAAAUGCUCGAACUUUGAGGUGCUGGCUUCAUUUUUAUGGAGAUCUCGGACAAUUGCUCUUCAACUUGACCCCAAGGAGGUUGUUCGUUUAUCAGUCAUUGUCAACGUACGUGGAAAGCAAGGCCUAAAAGUUCCUAGUGGAUACUACGGCAAUGCUUUCGCUUACCCAACUGCCAUCUCAAAGGCUGGACUCUUGUGUCAGAGCCCAUUGGGAUAUGCACUUGAGCUAGUGACGAGACUGAAGACCCAGAUGAACGAAGAAUACAUUAAAUCAGUUGCAGACCUUCUGGUGUUAAAAGGGAGACCACAUUAUACAACAGUUGGGAACUUCCUUAUUGCUGAUGUCACUCGUCUUGGACUUGGAGAUAUUGAUUUUGGAUGGGGAAAGGCUGUUUACGGGUUCUAAUUGGAGCUCGGCCUUGUGCUAGCUACCAUGUCGGUGGAUUC